AAUAUUCUCAUCUGUCUCUAUCUAAUGAUACUAUUUAUUUUUCUGUGGAAGGACUCAGAAUAUUCAUUUGAAUUCAACGAUUAGAAAGCAUAGCAGCCGCUUUAAAUGACGGAAACGGCUGAAGGAGAACAGCAUCAACCGACUACACAAUCUGUAGUUGAAACGUCGGUUUUCGCUAAUUAUAUUAAGCGAGCUGUUCAAUUACAUCUGGAGGAUGGUGAUGACACACCGGCAAGUCUGAAUUCAAUUUUGAAGGAACAAGCUACUUUGGAAACUCUAAGAAAGUUUCUAAGUGAUGCUCAAGCACCCGUCUUAUUUAUUGAAAGAAUCAUUAGCAAAGAUGAGGGAGAGGAAGAAGAAGAGGAGAAGGAGGUUGCAUAUAACAUACAUACUGAUGUUCACUAUACGAAUAAUAAAGUGAAUAGCCUCUUGGUUAUGAAAAGAGGAAUAAGCGUUGAAGCCGAUAAACCCCUGUCGACUCAAUUAGUACUCAUUGACUUACCUGAGGGAUCACCAUAUGAAAAUUUGCAUGCAAUUGUGACUAAUGCAGUAUCACCUUUCUUCAAAUCUUUCAUAAGGAGUACGGGAAAAGCUGACCGAGAUGGGGAUAAGAUUGCACCAUCCGUGGAAAAAAAAUUGGCUGAGGUUGAAAUGGGUCUUCUUCAUUUGCAACAAAAUAUUGAUAUACCUGAAAUAACUCUGGUCAUACAUCCUAAUGUCUACCAAAUGAUAAAAAAGGCCACUGAUGAAGGAAGAAGAGCAAAGGUAGCAGAUUUCGGGGAUAAAGUAGAAGACGCAAAUUUCUUAAAUCAGUUACAGAGCGGAGUAAAUAGAUGGAUUCGAGAAAUUCAAAAAGUUACGAAAUUAGACCGUGAUCCCGCUUCGGGAACUGCCUUACAGGAAAUUAGCUUUUGGUUAAAUUUGGAAAGAGCUCUUUUAAGAAUUCAAGAAAAAAGAGAAAGUAUAGAUAUCACACUGACUUUAGAUAUUCUAAAACAUGGAAAACGAUUCCACGCAACUGUAUCUUUCGAUACUGACACUGGAUUGAAACAAGCUUUAGCAACUGUAAAUGAUUAUAAUCCUCUAAUGAAGGAUUUUCCUUUAAAUGAUCUUCUAUCGGCAACGGAACUUGAUAAAAUACGGGCAGCUGUACAACUAAUAUUCAAUCAUUUACGUAAAAUAAAAAACACGAAAUAUCCUAUUCAAAGAGCUUUACGACUUGUUGAGGCUAUAUCUAGAGAUUUGUUGAAUCAGUUACUUAAAGUGCUUGGCACACGCCGUCUGAUGCAUAUUGCUUUCGAAGAAUACGAGAAAGUGAUGAAUGCUAGUUUUGAAGUUUUCUCUACAUGGGAUGAUGAAUACGAGAAACUGCAAGGUUUGUUAAGAGAUAUAAUUAAGAAAAAGAGGGAUGAAAGUAUGAAAAUGGUUUGGAGAGUAAGUCCUGCUCAUAAGCGCCUCCAGGCAAGGCUGGAUGAGAUGAGAAAAUUCCGCCAUCAGCACGAGCAGCUACGGCAAGUUAUUGUUAGAGUUUUGAGACCUGCACCUAUACCAAGCACUCAAGAUGAAGAAAAGGACAUGAAAACUGCUGAUAAACCCAUGCUCCUUGACGCUUCUGAUGCAAAUGCAAUGGAGGAAGUUCAUCUUGCAUACGAAAGUGUCAAAGUUAUUGACUGCCUCGAUGUUUCUUUAGAAGGAACUGACGCUUGGGAAGGUGCUAUUAAGCGAUAUGAUGAAAGAAUUGAUCGCGUAGAAACCCGCAUCACUGCUCGAUUACGUGACCAGCUUGGCACAGCUAAAAAUGCCAAUGAGAUGUUUAGAAUCUUCUCUCGGUUUAAUGCUCUAUUUGUUCGACCGCAUAUACGAGGAGCUAUCAGAGAAUACCAAACUCAACUCAUUCAAAGAGUUAAAGAUGAUAUUGAGAACUUGCAUGAUAAAUUUAAGAGUCAGUACUCUGGCUCUAAGGACUGCCGAAUGUCUCGUGUUCGAGAUUUACCUCCUGUGUCUGGAUCAAUUAUUUGGGCUCGACAAAUUGAACAUCAAUUGGACGCAUACAUGCGUAGAGUCGAAGAUGUAUUAGGAAAAGGAUGGGAAAAUCACGUUGAAGGGCAAAAGCUUAAGGGUGAUGGUGAUUCCUUUAGACAGAAACUCAAUACUCAAGCACUAUUUGAAGAUUGGUCGAAGAAAGUCCAGCAGAAACAAUUGAGUGUAACAGGAAGAAUUUUUGCUAUUGAAACUAUUCGAGCUAGAACUGCCAGUGCCAAGAGUGUUUUGAAAUUGAGAGUAAACUUUCUACCGGAAAUCAUUACUCUCUCGAAAGAAGUCAGAAAUUUAAAAUGGCUUGGAUUUCGUGUUCCGCUCACAACUGUCAACAAGGCUCAUCAAGCCAAUCAACUUUAUCCCUUUGCCAUAUCUCUUAUAGAAAACGUUCGUACAUAUGAACGCACAAAUGAUAAAGUUGAUGAACGACCUUCGAUUAGCCUUCUUGUUGCUGGAAUGCGAAAAGAGGUUCAAGUACUUAUUUCUGAAGGAAUGUCAAUGGUAUGGGAAUCAUACAAAUUAGAUCCCUAUGUCCAACGAUUGGCCGAAUCGAUCGGUGCUUACCAGGAUAAAGUGGAUGACUUGCUAGUUAUAGAUGAGCAAAUAGAUGCAGAAGUUAAAUCUCUGGAUCGCUGCCAAUAUUCACAGUCGUUCUUUUGCGAGAUUCUCAACAGAAUUCAGAAGCUUGUAGACGAUUUGAGCUUGCAUCAGUACUCAAAUCUGGCUUUAUGGGUAAAUAAACUAGACCAAGAAGUUGAGAAACGUUUGGCCAGCAGAUUAGAGGCAGCUAUUCAGGCGUGGACAAAAUUAUUGGCGGGUGGAGAUAAUGAUGAUGAUAUUGAAGAAAGUAUGGAUACAGAUCAACCGACUGUUUUCAAAAGAGGAGGAAAUCCACACAUAAGAAGCAUUGUGCAUGAAUUAAGAAUUACCAACCAAGUAAUGUACUUGAGCCCCAGUGUAGAAGAAGCAAAAGCACAUAUUUACGACGAAUUUCAAGUUUGGAUUAGUGUUGCUUUAAAAUUACCAAGAAUCCGUCAUUCUCGAUAUCAAGUGGGAUUUGAACAAAGUGAAUCAGAAGGUGAAAAAACUUACCGACACCUUAUGCGUCACCUUCCUGAAGGAAUGGUUUCUGUUCAGCAGUCUUAUUCUGCUAUUGAGAAAUUAAUUGAUCAGCUGGUUGAUUAUAUCAAUCAAUGGUUUCGCUAUCAAAAAUUGUGGGAUAGAAAUCCUGAUGAAUUGUACGACAUGCUGGGUACAAAAAUGCCAAGCUGGAUGAAAACUGUUGAAUCAAUUAAAGAGUUCAGAAAGACUUUUGAUACUUCGGAAAAUAGAAAAAAUUUGGGUCCAAUAAUUGUGGAUUUUGGAAAAGUACAAUCUAAAGUUACACUUAAGUAUGACUCUUGGCAUAAGGAUGUCCUCAGCAAAUUUGGCCAAUUGUUGGGUAGCAACAUGCAAGAUUUUUAUCAAAAUGUUUCAAAAUCAAGGGCAGAUCUUGAAUUACAGUCAAUUGAAACUGCGAACACAAGUGAUGCUGUAAAUCUCAUUACUCAUGUGCAGGGGCUUAAGAGAAAGAUAAGAACUAUGGAGAAAGAAGUCGAAAUGUUUAAGGACGGUCAAAGGUUGUUAGAGCGUCAACGCUUUCAAUUUCCUUCAUCCUGGUUAUACAUUGAUAAUAUUGAGGGUGAAUGGGGUGCCUUUAACGAUAUGAUGAGAAGAAAGGACAGUGCCAUUCAAUCUCAAGUAGCUUCUCUACAAAUGAAAAUUGUAUCGCAAGAUAAGACUAUUGAAAGUCAGACAACUAGCAUUUUAGCAGAAUGGGAAAAGGAAAAGCCUGUGGAAGGUAAUUUGCAGCCAUCAGAUGCCGUGAAUGCACUAGCGAUUUUCGAAGGAAAGUUGAUGAGACUGAAAGAGGAACGAGAUAAUGUUGCUAAAGCUAAAGAAGCUUUGGAACUUGCAGAACCAGGAACUUUGAGUAUGAGCGACGAAAGAAUGCAAGUAGCUUUAGAGGAGCUUCAAGACCUAAAAGGUGUUUGGAGCGAACUAGGAAAAAUUUGGGAAAGAAUUGAUGAAAUGAAGGAGAAACUUUGGCUUUCGGUUCAACCCAGAAAGUUAAGACAGCAAAUUGAUGGAUUACUAAAUGAUUUAAAGGAUCUACCAGCAAGAUUGCGGCAGUACGCCUCAUUUGAGCAUGUUAAAAAAACGCUACAAGGAUACGCAAAAGUUAAUUUACUUAUUGUUGAGCUUAAGUCUGAAGCUAUUAAAGAACGACACUGGAAGAUGCUUAUGAAAAGACUCCGCGUAUCUUGGAUUUUGCCAGAACUAGCAUUGGGACAGCUAUGGGAUUCUAACCUGCUAAGGAAUGAAACAGCAGUUAAAGAUGUUCUUUUAGUCGCUCAAGGAGAAAUGGCUUUAGAAGUGUUCUUAAAACAAGUUGCUGGCAUCUGGAAAACAUAUGAACUUGAACUAACAAACUUUCAAAAUAAAUGUCAGUUAAUUAAAGGAUGGGAUGAUCUAUUUAAUAAAGUGAAAGAGCAUAUAAACAGUGUCACCGCAAUGAAAAUGUCCCCAUAUUACAAAGAAUUUGAGGAAGAAGCACUGGCCUGGGAGGAUAAAUUGAACAGAAUCAAUACUCUCUUUGACGUUUGGAUCGAUGUUCAACGACGAUGGGUCUACUUGGAAGGAAUAUUUUCAGGUUCUGCCGACAUUAAAACUCUACUGCCAGUGGAGACAAAUAAAUUUGCCAGCGUUAGCACUGAAUUUCUAGCUCUAAUGAAAAAGGUUAGCAAAUCGCCUUUGAUAAUGGAUGUGUUGAACAUUGCUAAUGUUCUAAGGCAAUUAGAAAGGCUAGCCGAUCUUUUGUGUAAAAUUCAAAAAGCACUUGGAGAAUAUUUAGAAAGGGAACGUGCUUCGUUUCCACGAUUUUAUUUUGUUGGAGAUGAAGACUUGUUAGAAAUUAUAGGAAAUAGUAAAAAUAUCGGUAGAUUGCAGAAACAUUUUAAGAAAAUGUUCGCAGGUGUUUAUGCAUUAUUAUUAAGCGAUGAUGAAUUGUUCAUAAAUGGAUUGGCUUCAAAAGAAGGUGAAGAGGUAUAUUUUACUAAACCAAUUAACCUGAAAGAAUUUCCCAAAAUCAACGAGUGGUUAACGGAAGUGGAAAGGCAAAUGCGUCUUACUCUUGCUGGACAGUUGGCUGAUGCUGUCUCAAAAGUUAACGCAUUUAAAACAUCAGAGAUCAAGCAAGAAAAUUAUUUGCAAUGGGUAGACGCUUAUCAAGCGCAGCUAGUUGUCUUGGCAGCGCAAAUUUCUUGGUCAGAAAGCACAGAAGCUGCAUUAGCUGCUGAUAAGAGCUCAUUGGAUUCGGUUUUAGGAAAUGUUGAUGCAACGUUAACAGUUUUAGCAGACUCAGUACUUCACGAACAACCCCCUGUAAGAAGAAGAAAAUUGGAACACUUAAUUACAGAAUUAGUCCAUCAAAGAGAUGUCACAAGAAAUUUAAUUUCUCAUAAAGUUGAAUCUGUUAAGUCGUUUGAUUGGCUACAACAAAUGCGUUUUUACUUUGAUCCAAAGCAAAAAGAUGUUCUGAAACGUUUAACCAUUCACAUGGCCAAUGCAAAAUUCCACUAUGGUUUUGAAUAUCUUGGCAUUCAAGACAAGCUUGUACAAACCCCGCUAACAGACAGAUGCUAUCUUACUAUGACCCAAGCACUUGAAGCCAGAUUGGGAGGGAGUCCAUUUGGUCCGGCUGGUACUGGAAAAACAGAAUCCGUUAAAGCUCUUGGAAACCAGUUGGGCAGAUUUGUUCUUGUAUUUAAUUGUGACGAAACUUUUGACUUCCAAGCCAUGGGAAGAAUUUUUAUUGGACUGUGUCAGGUUGGCGCUUGGGGAUGUUUUGAUGAAUUCAAUCGACUUGAAGAGCGAAUGUUGUCAGCUGUGUCCCAACAAAUUCAAACUAUACAGGAAGCCUUAAAAGAAAACUUAGGCACUGGAGACGAAUCAAAAAAAUCGCUUUCUAUUGAACUUAUUGGGAAACAAGUCAGGGUUAGCUCUGACAUGGCUAUAUUCAUUACUAUGAAUCCUGGCUAUGCAGGGCGCUCUAAUCUACCAGAUAAUUUGAAAAAAUUAUUUAGAUCGCUUGCUAUGACACAACCAGAUCGGCAACUGAUUGCUCAGGUUAUGUUGUAUAGCCAAGGUUUCAGAUCAGCUGAAAAGUUAUCAAACAAAAUUGUACCUUUCUUCAAACUAUGCGAUGAACAGCUAUCUCCCCAGUCGCAUUAUGAUUUUGGUUUGAGAGCUUUGAAAUCUGUCCUUGUGUCCGCCGGAAAUGUUAAACGAGAAAGAAUAGCAAGAGUUAAACAAGAAUUAGAAGCUGAGGGGGAAACCAUAGAUGACGUAGUUGUCUCGAAUAGAUUAAAUGAGCAGGAAAUUUUAAUUCAAUCGGUUAUGGAAACAAUGGUUCCUAAGCUGGUAGCUGAAGAUAUACCACUAUUAAAUUCGCUGUUGUCAGAUGUUUUCCCGGGUGUAAAAUAUAACCCUGUUGAGAUGAAACAACUCAGAACUGAAAUAAGAAAAGUUUGUGAAAGUAUGCAUUUAUCCUAUGGUGAAGGUGAAGAAAGUGGCUCAACUUGGAUCGAAAAAGUUCUUCAACUUUACCAGAUUACCCAGCUGCAUCAUGGAUUGAUGAUGGUAGGACCAAGUGGAUCAGGAAAAUCAAUGGCAUGGAAAGUCUUACUACAAGCUUUGCAAAAGCUAGAAGGAGUUGAAGGUGUGGCUCAUGUGAUUGAUCCUAAGUCUAUUUCAAAAGAUGCUCUUUACGGAAGUUUGGACCCUAAUACAAGAGAAUGGACUGAUGGGUUAUUUACACAUGUACUAAGAAAAAUCAUAGACAAUGUUAGAGGAGAAAUUGGUAAACGCCAAUGGAUUAUUUUCGAUGGGGAUGUCGAUCCUGAGUGGGUUGAAAAUUUAAAUUCUGUUUUAGAUGAUAACAAACUACUAACGUUGCCCAACGGUGAAAGAUUAGGUAUUCCACCAAAUGUUCGGAUAAUGUUUGAAGUUCAGGAUUUACGAUAUGCAACAUUAGCAACAGUUUCCAGAUGCGGUAUGGUUUGGUUUAGCGAAGACGUCCUCACAACAGAAAUGAUAUUUGAAAACUACUUAACAAAACUACACAAAGUACCUAUCGAUGAAUCAGAGGAGGAGCCGAGAGCGUUAGGAAGUGGAGGUAAUGAGGAAGACUUGUCACCAAGCUUGCGUGUACAAAGAGAUUGCGGCACCAUUUUAAAUCCAUAUUUUGGAUCUGGCGGUUUGAUAAUGAAAUGUUUAGAAUAUGCAUCAUCUCUUGAACAUAUUAUGGACUUCACUCGACUUCGAGUAUUAGGAUCACUUUUUAGCAUGUUAAAUCAAUGCAUUAGAAACGUUCAAUCUUAUAAUUAUACUCAUUCUGACUUCCCAAUGCCUUAUGAAGAUUUAGAAAAAUAUAUCCCUAAAUGCUUGAUUUAUGCCAUUUUAUGGAGUUUCUCUGGGGAUGGUAAAUUAAAAGUUAGACAACAGCUUGGAGAAUAUAUUAGAAGUGUAACAACAGUACCUUUACCAUCUUCAAGUCAUGAUAUCAUUGAUUACGAAGUCACACUACCAGCUGGAGAAUGGCAACCUUGGGCUAGUAGAGUGCCACAGAUUGAGGUGGAAACUCACAAAGUAGGCGCUCCAGAUGUUGUUGUUCCAACAAUCGACACAGUCAGACACGAAUCUCUUUUAUAUACAUGGUUGGCUGAACACAAACCUCUUGUUCUCUGUGGACCCCCAGGUUCAGGUAAAACUAUGACGCUUUUCUCAGCUUUGAGAGCACUCCCAGAGCUCGAGGUUGUUGGCUUGAAUUUCUCGUCUGCCACAACACCUGAAUUAAUGUUGAAAACAUUUGAUCAUUAUUGUGAAUAUCGUAAAACACCAAAUGGAGUUGUUUUAAGUCCUCUACAGCUUAACAAAUGGUUGGUUUUGUUUUGUGACGAAAUAAAUUUGCCAGAUAUGGAUAAAUAUGGAACUCAGCGAAUCAUUUCCUUUUUGAGACAGAUGGUGGAGCAUGGAGGUUUUUAUAAUACAAAUGAUCAGACAUGGGUUCGUUUCGAAAGAAUCCAGUUUGUUGGUGCAUGCAAUCCUCCAACAGAUCCUGGACGAAAGCCAUUAUCUCAUAGAUUCUUACGUCAUGUUCCUGUCGUUUAUGUGGAUUAUCCCGGAAAAGUAUCUCUUAUGCAAAUCUAUGGUACUUUCAACCGAGCAAUGUUACGACUUGUGCCUGUUUUAAGAUCUUACGCUGAUCCACUCACUCAAUCUAUGGUUGAAUUAUAUACUAUGUGCCAAGAGAGGUUUACGCAAGAUAUGCAACCCCAUUAUAUAUACAGUCCUAGAGAAAUGACAAGAUGGGUUAGAGGUAUAUGUGAAGCUUUGAAACAUUUAGAGACAUUGGCCAUUGAAGGAUUAGUUAGAAUAUGGGCUCAUGAGGCAUUGAGGUUAUUUCAUGAUCGUUUAGUAACAGAGGAAGAAAGAAUUUGGAUGAUUGAACAAAUAGAUUCGGUUGCUAUUCAGCAAUUUCCGAAUUUUGACAAAAAUUCAGCUUUAGCGAAACCAAUCUUAUACUCAAAUUGGUUAAGCAAAGAUUAUGUCCCUGUUGAACAAGAGGAACUUAGAGAAUAUGUAAAAGCUAGGCUAAAGGUGUUUUAUGAGGAAGAGUUAGACGUGCCAUUGGUUCUAUUUAAUGAAGUUUUGGAUCAUGUUCUACGGAUUGAUCGAAUUUUCAAACAACCUCAGGGCCAUUUGCUAUUAAUUGGAGUUAGUGGAGCUGGAAAAACGACUCUUUCUCGAUUUGUUGCCUGGAUGAAUGGCUUAACAGUAUUCCAAGUCAAAGUGCAUAAUAAGUACACAGCUGAUGACUUCGACGAGGAUCUCAGAAAUGUUCUUAGAAGAAGUGGAACCAAAGGGGAAAAAAUCUGUUUUAUCAUGGAUGAAUCCAAUGUUUUAGAUUCGUCUUUCUUAGAACGAAUGAAUACUCUACUAGCUAAUGGAGAAGUUCCCGGUUUGUUUGAAGGUGAUGAACUCACGACACUCAUGACUCAAUGUAAAGAGGGCUCUCAAAAAGAUGGUAAGAUGCUAGACAGUCAUGAAGAAUUAUACAAGUGGUUCACUCAGCAAGUCAUGUACAACUUACAUGUUGUAUUUACCAUGAACCCAUCUUCGGAAGGUUUAAAAGACAGAGCUGCAACAUCUCCUGCUUUAUUCAAUAGAUGCGUAUUGAACUGGUUUGGUGACUGGAGCAAAGAAGCCUUCUAUCAAGUUGGAAAGGAAUUUACAUGCAAAGUCGAUUUGGACAACCCAAAAUAUUUGGCUCCUGACUAUUUACCUUUGGCUUAUGAAAAUUUACCACAGCCUCCAACUCAUAGAGAUGUCGUUGUCAAUGCUUUUGUGUUUGUCCACCAAACUCUACACAGAGCAAAUGAAAGAGUAGCUAAAAGGGGAGGCAGAACAAUGGCAAUAACUCCCAGACACUUUUUGGAUUUUAUAAAUCAUUAUGUUAAAUUAACAAGAGAAAAAAGGACAGAUUUGGAGGAACAGCAACUUCAUUUAAAUGUCGGUUUGCAAAAGAUUAGAGAUACUGUUAAACAAGUGGAAGAUCUUCAAAAAAGUCUAUCCAGUAAGAGAAUAGAAUUGGAAAAUAAGAAUCAAGCAGCGAAUGCUAAAUUAAAGCAAAUGGUGAAGGAUCAACAAGAAGCAGAGAGGAAAAAAGUUACAUCUCAAGAAUUAGAAGCUGCACUAAAAGCGCAGACUAAAGUUAUUGGGGAGAAGCAAAGUGCUGUCAAAGCAGAUUUGGCUCAAGUGGAGCCAGCAGUUUUAGAUGCUCAACAAGCCGUAAAGGGUAUAAAGAAACAGAAUCUAGUCGAGCUUCGAGGAUUUUCCAACCCACCCCAACUAGUUAAGGUCUGCAUGGAAUCUAUCAUGACACUUUUGGGAGAAGGAGAUGUUGACUGGAAGUCUAUACGAUCUAUGGUUAUGCGAGAAAAUUUCAUAACGACCAUCGUUAAUUUUAAUACAGAAGAUAUUACAGAUGAAAUAAGACAAAAAAUGAAAACAAAAUUCUUGACAAAUCCAGACUAUAGCUUUGAGAAAAUGAAUAGAGCCUCAGCUGCAUGUGGGCCUAUGGUUAAAUGGGCUAUUGCUCAGAUUAACUAUUCGGAUAUGUUGAAUCGCAUCGAACCUUUACGUAACGAGUUGGCAUCUCUAGAACAUGAAGCUUCAGAAAACCGAAGCAAAGAUGAGGAGGUGAAAAAUUUGAUUGCCGAACUGGAGAAAUCCAUUGCUAAAUAUAAGGAAGAAUAUGCACAUCUUAUAUCUGAGGCUCAGGCCAUAAAAGCAGAUUUGAGUGCUGUUGAAACAAAAGUGGAGAGAUCUGUAGCUCUUUUAAAAUCUUUAUCCUCAGAAAAAGAACGAUGGGAAGCUGGCAGCGAGACAUUUAAAGCUCAAAUGUCUACAAUAGUUGGAGAUGUGCUCCUCUCAUCGGCAUUUAUGGCUUACGCUGGCUACUUUGAUCAACAUAUGAGAGAAAGCCUGUUCCAUACAUGGGUUGGGCAUUUACAACAAGCCAAUAUACAAUUUCGACAAGAUUUAGCAAGAAUAGAAUACUUGUCAAACGCUGAUGACAGAUUAAAAUGGCAAGCUAAUUCUUUGCCAUCCGAUGAUUUAUGUACCGAGAAUGCCAUAAUGCUGAAUAGAUUCAAUAGAUAUCCUCUUAUUAUCGACCCUUCAGGCCAAGCUACAGAAUUUAUUAUGAACUUGUAUUCAGACAAAAAAAUAACAAAAACAUCAUUUUUGGAUGAUUCCUUCCGAAAGCAUUUGGAAUCAGCUUUAAGAUUUGGAAAUCCUCUACUUGUACAAGACGUAGAGAAUUAUGAUCCAAUUUUGAAUCCUGUUUUAAAUAGAGAAUUAAGAAAAACUGGUGGUCGGGUGCUGAUUACAAUUGGAGAUCAGGACAUAGAUUUGUCUCCAAGUUUCACUAUUUUCCUUUCAUCUAGAGAUCCAACAGUAGAAUUUCCACCUGAUAUAUGCUCCAGAGUAACUUUCGUUAACUUUACAGUAACUCGUCACUCUUUACAAUCCCAAUGUCUGAAUACUGUACUUAAAGCUGAGAGGCCAGACGUUGAUGAGAAGAGGUCUGACCUUUUGAAAUUGCAAGGCGAAUUCCGUUUGCGAUUAAGGCAGCUGGAAAAGAGUUUGUUGACGGCUUUGAAUGAAGUUAAAGGUAGAAUUUUGGACGAUGAUUCCAUAAUUUCUCAUCUUGAGAUGCUGAAGAAGGAAGCUGGUGAAAUUGCUAGAAAAGUGGAGGAAACGGAUGUGAUUAUGGCAGAGGUCGAAACUGUUUCAGCACAAUAUGUCCCUCUAGCCCAGUCAUGUUCAUCUAUUUAUUUUACUUUGGAGUCACUAAAUCAGAUACAUUUCUUGUAUCAAUAUUCUCUCCACUUCUUCUUUGAUAUUUUUAAUGCCGUUCUAGAUAGUAGUCGUCUGAAUGGAAUUAAAGAAUAUGAUAAGAGAUUGAAAAUUAUCACCGAUAACCUGUUCAAAAUUACUUAUGAAAGAGUGGCUAGGGGAAUGCUUCAUGUUGAUAGAAUUGCUUUGUCAGUUUUACUCUCCAGGAUUCAUCUCAAGCAGUCUGCAACCGAAACGACUUACGAAAGAGAAUGGCAGCAUCUAUUACGCGGAGCCGAAGCCAUGAUAGGUCAAACUAAUAUUCCGCAAAUUCCUGGACUAUCAGCCGUUCAAUGUGAAGGAGUAGCAAAGCUAUCUCGGCUUCAAGCAUUUAAAGAAGUAUCUAAAACUAUUUCCAACAACCCAGAUGUAGGGGCAUGGCUUGAAACAAUUUCACCAGAGCAUUGUGUACCAUGUCUCUGGCAGGGAGAUGAAAAGCUAACACCUAUCGGACGAUCAAUUCAUGAACUAUUGGCCAUUCAAGGGCUUAGGCCAGAUAGACUAUUGGCAGCAACACAUUUGUUUGUAAAUGCUGUCUUGGGAGAGGACUUUAUGGCUUCUGCAGAAUCAGAGAUGGAUAUGGCUCUUGUUAUUGAAAAGGAAGUUAAAGCAUCUACCCCAAUAUUACUCUGCUCUGUUACAGGCUAUGAUGCAUCUGGAAGAGUAGACGAUUUAGCAGCUGAAUUGAAUAAACAGCUAACUUCCAUUGCUAUCGGAUCCGCAGAAGGAUUUUCUCUUGCAGACAGGGCAAUAAGCUCUGCGUCCAAAUCUGGGCGUUGGGUACUACUGAAAAAUGUUCAUCUCGCUCCACAAUGGCUCUUCCAAUUAGAGAAACGUUUGCAUUCUUUGACUCCUCACGCUAAUUUCAGACUAUUUUUAACUAUGGAAAUUAACCCGAAACUUCCUGUAAAUCUAUUGAGAUCCGGUAGAAUAUUCGUAUUCGAGCCACCACCUGGUGUGAAAGCGUCCUUACUUAGAACGUUUUCCUCUCUUUCCGCUAACCGAAUGUGCAAAGCUCCAUCAGAGAGAGCCAGAUUAUAUUUCUUAUUGGCAUGGCUUCAUGCUAUUGUUGGGGAACGCUUACGAUACGCUCCCCUUGGAUGGAGCAAAAAAUACGAAUUCAAUGAGUCCGAUUUGCGCUGCGCCUCAGAUACCAUUGAUACCUGGUUAGAUUCCGUAGCAAUGGGAAGAACUAACUUACCCCCCGAAAAGAUUCCUUGGGACGCUCUGAGAACCCUCCUGGCCCAAUGCAUCUACGGAGGAAAGAUAGACAACGAAUUCGAUCAGAGAUUACUCACUACUUUCCUGAAGAAUACUUUCACAGCAGAAACGUUCAAUCCCGAUUAUCCACUUGUGAUGGACGUAGAUGGAGUACAAGGAAAGAAAAUCAUCAUGCCUGAUGCUGUUCAAAGAGAUGGAUUUGUGAACUGGGUUGAGCAAAUGCCAGUACAGCAAACACCGUCAUGGCUUGGCUUACCAAAUAAUGCUGAAAAAGUUCUAUUAACAACGAGAGCAACAACUAUGGUUGGAAAUCUAUUGAAAAUGCAAAUCUUAGAAGACGACGAUGAUUUAGCAUACUCUGGAGAUAAGGAGAAGAAGGCAAUUACAGAUUCUCGGCCAGCUUGGAUGAGAACACUUCACGCCAGCUUAAAAGCUUGGUCUAAAUUGGUACCAAAG